AUGCCUCCGAUAUCCUCACAGCGCCGAGCCGUGACCGAAGAGAGUUCAUCUCUAUCAGACGAUGAUGUCGGUUUUCUCUACCAGGUUGUCUCCGGCGCUGAGACAAAACCCGAAGCCGAUCGACUCCCAUUCCGGGCGCUCUUCGAAGCAUACGACGAAGCCAUUGGCGAUCAUGGCGUCAACGCGGAUCCGGGCCAUGCGUGCUUGCGCUUCUUGUUCAAGAUGGGAAGCAAAGGUGUGCACGGUGAGACACUCUUUGAUAAAUUCGAGAAUGCGCUCCAACAGAUGGGGAUCGUGAUUGAGAUUGGUGAGGAAGGAUCAACAAAUCUCAAUGAGACACAAGACUACGGCCAAUAUACAGCGGAGGUCACCCAUAGCCAGACUAUUGACUAUGACCACGACCGCCACCACGAAAAUUCUCUCAUUCCGAGCGGAGUACCACCAACCCCCAAACGGCGCGCAUCGUUCAACACUACAUAUGAUAUUGGCGAAGAUGCUACACAGAGAAGCUUUGCCAAUCGACCCAGCUCUCGCUCCUCAAUGUCCCGACUUGAGGUUGGAAAACCCGACUUUUCCAAGCCGAAACUGUCACCUACGCACAAGCAUGAUCCAGGGCCGACCAAAUCACCAGAUCGAACACAGUUGAUUAGCCAAUUUUUGGAUGUCGGUCGGCGGUUGUUGAGUAGAUUUGACGGUUCGGAAAACAAGCACAAGGUCUUGGAAGAAUCUCCAUUGACUAAUGGAGUAAUCGCGAGAUCGGCUGUUGCUCGCGAUCGCUCAAAGAGAGCGGCUGAAUCUUCGCGUCCUCAUCGCUCGCCCUCGAUUGAAUCCACAGACAGCUCACAGUCCCAAGGAGUCGAGUCGAUUAUGUCGCAGAGCGCAGAACAUGACUCUUUCGAUAAAGAAGAGGUACCACCUGAGUUUCUUUAUCGUCCACAACUAUCAGAUUUACUUCGGGAUGCAUCGACGUUCAACAUGUACCGACAGCGAUCGAUCUGCCGUCGAAUUCUAACUCUUUGGUUGAAAAAGGCCUUUCAAGCUCGCCAAGUUCGUCAAAACAGAGAAACAUUGGCUGUCAAUUAUGACCGAGGCCUCCUUCUCCGCCAAGCCUUCGAUCCAUGGCGAGGAGUGAUUCAAGACAAACGCCACUCGGCUCGGACAGAUCGUUUUUUCAAGCACCUUGAGACGCGUGCCAGUCGUGCACGAGACUUAUAUCUGAUGACCAAAGCUUUCAGUCACUGGGCUCAGCUUACCUCAGAGGAAGUGGCUCGGACAUCUGCUGCGCGAAAGCAUGUCCUUGGUGUCAAAUAUUUCAAAGCAUGGCGCGAAAUCACUGCUGUUAAUGAGUUGAAGGCUCAACGAUUUGCACUCAAAAGGCCCUUCAAUGCGUGGCGGAAAAAGGUUCAUGAUCUCAAAGACGCAGAAAUCCAAGCAAUCACUGUCCGCAAUACCCAAAUCCAAAAGUCGUCGUUUUGGCACUGGUGGUGGUGUUUCUGUGAUCGACGUGUUCUCGAAGUGUCCGACUACCGACUAAAGAGGCGCUCACUCCUUUCCUGGCUUCGAAAUUUCCGAACCAUCCGAGAACGUGAUCAUGAGAUAGAUCUUCGUAAUAAACGGUCAUCUCUGAUGUCGGUACUUCAGGUAUGGUCUGAACACUCGAGAACCAUUAUUACAGCAGAGCAAGCUGUUCAGAAUUCUAGGCGUCAACAUGAACUGAGAAAAGCUUUUGAUGAAUGGAGAAUACAGUCUCGGCUGGCCCCAGCUGCUUCUCAAGUAUCUGUGAUGGUCGAUACUAGGAUUUUGCGGACUGCCCUCUCGCAGUGGGUCGACAAGGCCCGGAUGAUCCAAGAAGCAGAAGAGGUAGAUCAUUAUCGGAUCCAGCGCAAUGCGUGGAUUUGCUGGAAUGAUACCCUUCGCUGCUUGGCCCUCCGUGCUCGUAUUGAUGAGCGUCUCAAAAUGGAAGCUAUGUACAAGUGGAUCUUGAUGGAACGGUAUGAACUGAUGCGAAGGAUACGCGAACAACGCAUUAAAAGAGAAGUGUUCUCGCGAUUCGUGACAAACACUCGGGACACGUACACUCGGCUGCUGUUCCAUGCAGAAGCUCAUGAGGAGCGUCAGACCGAGUCUUUGAUUCGGUCCAAAUUUGCGAUUUGGCGUGAUCAAUUGCAUCUUCAGCGUGAACGUGAGUAUAUUGCGUCAGAGUUCUAUGCUCCACGGUUGGCAGCUGAGUCCCUUACAAUUUGGCGGAGUAAGCAUCAGCAAACAGUCAAGAUGGAAAGUUGGGCCCAUGAUGCUCGUUCCUAUUUCUUAAUGAAGAGAUCAAUGAACCAAUGGCGCCAGGCCAAAGUGGAUUCUGGUAAACGGCGUCGACAAGAGUCGUACGCAAAAGUUCGACGGAUGGUCAAAAUCAACAUCGCAUCCAAGGCAUUGUCUGCUUGGGUCUCAAAAACUCGAGUAAUUGUUGAUAUGGAGCAACAAGCUGCUGAUAUUGAUCGCGACAAGUUGCUGGUCGACACUUCUGAUAUUUUCACUCAAUGGCACGACAAAACUACCAAAAGGAUUCAAGAAGUCCGGGAUGUCGAUGAUAACUAUUUCCGACAAGUUGCAUUUGACCAGCUGAUGCAAAUGUCCGAAACCUUCAUCAUUCGCCGAGAGAUGGAAGACCAAGCAGAUAAUGUAUACCGUUUACACGUCCUGCGACUGGCGUCUGGUUCUCUUCGAAAGCUCAGCCUGCGCAUCUUCCAGAUCAGCAACCACGUCGAAACUGCUGAAGCCAUGCGUGAGAGAAAUCUACGGAAACACUCGAGAAACAUGCUCCGCGACUGGGUGGACAAUGCCCGCAUGAAACUUGAGGCUCGGGAUUCUGCUGGUCCAUCCAUGACACCAGGUCCAAUUUCAACUUACCGAAAUGCCAACGGCGAUGGCGCCGGAUCAGCGAUCUUCGAUCCGUGGUCUCAAGAUCCGGCCGAAACCCCUUUCAAACUCAGCGACUUCACGGCCACUUCCCAAGCCACCUCUUAUGAUCCAAUCUCUGCAAGCCCCUUAGGAACACCCAAUUUUACGACCUCCCCCUCCAAACGAGCAGCCCGAGCGCGAGCCCUCGCCCAAAUGUCCACCACCCCCGCUACACCUUUGCGUACACCAUUCGCAAGUCGCCUCCUUCGCGCCGGGACCACCACUGCUCUAAAUACAUCUUCCAAACGGCCACGGACUGGUCGGCGAAGCUCGGUAGGAACUAGUGUCCGAUUUGUGGACGAAGAACCCCCCGAGUCUCCGACCGAUGGUCGCAGAUCGGCGAAUCGGCGACCUUGA